AUGCCAUUCAGCAUCUACCUCGCCGUCUCGGCAGCUGCCCUGGCCGGCCUUGCACAGCUCGCUUUUGCACAAACCAACAUCACCGCCAGUGCUUGUGUCGAGGAAUCCGUCUAUUCAGACUGUAACCACAAUGUCGCCGAUACAUGGCGCUCCUGCAUUAACAAUUGCAACGGCAAUGGCGACUGUAUUGUAGACUGUGGAUGUACCGCGCACCAGGAGUAUAUCAAUUGCAUGGCACACUCAUGUUGGAACCAGGUCUACUCCUGCGAAUACCAACUCUUCGUCCAGCAAUAUUUCGCCGUAUGCCCCAGCGCCACAGAACCAAUCCCCUUCUGGCCAGCCCCAGAUAACGCACCAAACCGCUGCUCCUGCAGUCUAGGCAAAGUCCUCACAAACACCCUCUCCGCACGCAAAGAACAAACCUCCUGCGUCGAGAACAUAACCAACCAAGCCCUCAACAACAUCCCCGACCUCUCGAAUCUGGGUAAUAUCCCUGAUAUCGCACGCACAGCGACAAAUUGUGCCUGCUGCGGCGCUAGUGCUAGCAUGUCCUCUGCAUGGGAAAUCUGCCUAAACACAAUCCCAACCCUCGCCGGCGCAAACCUCUGGCCCCUCUUCUUCCCCUCAGCAUACCCAAACCUCUACACCUCAAUCCCGAAUUUCGCCUGGUCAGGCUGCGACGACAUUUUAUCGAAUACCGACUGCGCGAACCUAGGAUUCUCGGAUACAAACAACAAGUUCUAUAAGCCGGGUGAUUUUCCCAAAAAUGGGACUUCCACGUUGCAUAAUGUUGCGGGAACGGUUACGGCGCCGCCGAGUGGGACGGUGAUUACUUGGUCGCAGGCGAGUGCUACUUAUACGGUUACGGCGACGGGGGUUGAUAAGAAGGUUGUUGCUGGGGCUGGUCAGACGAGUGCGGGUGGGAGUGGAAGUGGGAGUGGGACGGGGAGUGAGGCUGCUGCGAGUGCAACGGAGAGUGCUAAUGCGGGUGUUAUGAGGGGCGUUGGGUCUUUGGGCAGGUUGGUUGGGGUGGUUGUUGGUGGGUUGAUGGUGGUGUGA